AUGGCUGCUGGUAGAUUUAUAACGGAAAACAAUCUAACUGUUAUUGAUGAUGACAUCGACGUAACCAACAUAGUCAACAAUUUCUUUGGGGAUGCUCAUAACCAUGUUAUAAAACUAAGAGGACAAAUUGAGGAACUUGCACAAAGUACGGAGCCAGAUCUUUAUUUGAUACGAGAAAUGAUUGGAAAGUGUAUUUACACAAUUCAAGCUUUUUAUAGCGGGACUAACUGGGUAGAAAUGAAUGGGGACAGCGUUUACAGAGACUUUGGUGUUCCAAAUAAAACAUUAAUGGCUAUUGCUGGUGCUACGGUGGACACUUGCCAAGAUUGUGACAAUUCUGGCGAAACGGAGAAUUCAUGCGAAAACAAUUUAUUGGUACAUGAUAUGUUAACUAGCGGAUACAAGACAGGACAGGAUGUCCAACCUCCAUAUAAAACUAGUGGUGAUAUCGGUAACGGAAAGUGUGGAUUUGGAGGAAGCGAUGACACAGAAAAUGGUUAUCGAACUGCAAAUGGUGGAAUAAACAAAGAUAGAUUAGACCCUAAAUACUCUCCUCACCAUCACCUUCACUAUAGCGCAUAUGAUGCUGCAAAAAAAGCAACAGAGCUAUUCCUAGUAGAUCCAGAUAUUGGUAUCCUAAACGAAGUAAAGGAGGACAAAUUUAUACAGAUAUUUGGCUUGGUGAAAAGAUACCAGACGUCAUUUGGCUUUGUGAUAGAUGACACAGGCUCUAUGGGACCUAUUAUUGCACAAGUUCGAAAGGCAUGCAUCGAUAUUGUAACCAAUGUUUUGGGCACAGCUAACGCGCCAUCAAAUUACAUCUUAGUAACCUUUAACGACCCAGAGAAGCAUAUGCAUCGACUAACGACGGAAAAUGGAGUUGAAAUGAUAAGUGCACUUGAUAAUAUAACGGUGAAUGGAGGUGAUGACUGUCCAGAGUAUGCUAUGAGCGGAUUACAGAAAGGUAUUGAAUUGUGCAAGGACAAAUCUACAAUAUUCUUCUAUACCGAUGCUCCAGCUAAAGACGCAUUAGAGAACCAAACAGUCAUAGAUGCUGUAAACGAGAAACAGAUUGAUCUUAGACUAUUUCUACAGGACUCUCUGUGCAUUGGUCGUCGGAGAAAGAGGGAUACUAGUGGUCGAACAAAGCGUGAUGCUGGAUCAGAUCCAUAUUCUCUAGUGGCUGAAGGUACAGGAGGGACAAUUUAUCGAUUUAAUACAGAAGAACUAGGUGAUAUAAUACGACAGAUCAGUGAGGAAAUUUUUCCAUCUGCAACAGCUAUUGUGGACAUGUUUGAGAUCUAUUCAGAUGACGACGAUUCUGUGAUGUUUCUAGUCGACAAUAUGUUAAACAAUGUUAAAAUUACAGUGAUUGGUGCUGAUUCUGUAGAUGACAUCGAUGUGGAAUCUCCAUUUGGGUCCAUUUUGACAGCUGAGAAUACAAGUGUGCUUUUUGAAAGCCCAGAUAAAGUUGUUGUCACUGUUUUGAAUCCAACGGAUGGCAUUUACAAAGUGAUUAGAACUGGAAACAAUAAUUGGAGUGUGAACAUCACAGCCCAAACUUCAGUAGAUUUUCACUAUGCAAUUACGGAAGAGUCAGAUGAUGGGAACUUAUAUAAAGUAUUAGGCAAUCCAAUUAUAGCAAUACGAAAUCUUUAUAAGAACACUGUUGCUAACGUAUCCUACACUGUAGAGAAUAAAGGAUCAGAGAACGAAACCUUUGUUAUUGAUGUAACAGAUAACAGAGGUUUACUGAUAGGCAAGACAAGUUUUACAGAGUUGAUUAGUAGCAAUGGUUCUACCGAAAUAAUAUUUCAAAUAGAUGGUUCAAGUCUUUAUACUACAGUGUAA